AAAAAAUCUAAAUAGCGUUUUAUUAUUCCCCCUGUUUCAUCUCCCCUGCUCGACGCCAUGCACACGAGCCAGAGAAAAAACAGGAAAAAAACAGAGAGAAAAAAACCGAAAAUGGUUGAUUCCUCCAACUUUCGGGAAAUCAAAACAAAAUCAGGCGAUCAAUGAAAAUUUAGAAUUCCAGGCAAACAAAGAAGAAAAUUAAAAACCGCAUUUGUGUUUUUUUUUUUCAUUAAUCAUGAAAUACAAGGGAAAAUGGAUGAAUGGAGGAGGAACCCUAGAUCCAAAGGGUUACAAGAAUUCAGAAAUGGAUAGGGUUCCAUCAAGAAGCGGAAUUAGCUCAAUCAGCUUCUCCAGUGGCAUUCUUCCACCCCUCGGUGCCCGCAGCAACCGUAAGAUCAAACUACGUCGUUUCAUCAUCUCCCCCUUCGAUUCCCGUUACAGAAUAUGGGAUACAUUCCUGGUAAUACUGGUUUUCUACACAGCAUGGGUUUCCCCUUUCGAGUUCGGUUUCCUCAGACGACCCAGAGGAAUCCUCUCCAUAACCGACAACGUCGUAAACGGAAUAUUCUUCAUUGACAUUGUGCUCACUUUCUUCGUAGCCUACCUCGAUAAAUCGAGUUUUCUUCUAAUCGACAAUCCAAAGCUAAUCGGUUUAAAAUACGCGAAAUCAUGGCUCUUCUUCGAUGUCGUCUCCACAAUACCUUCCGAACUCGUGCAUAAGAUUUUACCCUCCCAUCUCGAAUCGUACGGCUACUUUAGUCUUCUUCGCCUAUGGCGUCUUAGACGAGUCAGCGCGAUGUUUCGUAGAUUGGAGAAAGACCGAAACUUUAACUACAUCGCGGUUCGAGUGGUGAAGCUUGCAUGUGUCAGUCUUUUUACGGUUCAUUGUGCGGGUUGCAUAUUUUAUCUUAUGGCGGAUAAAUACAAGGACCCAACGAAAACAUGGUUUGGGCUUAUAGACGAAAAUUUCCACUCGGAGUCUUUGGUGGACAAGUAUAUUACAUCGAUGUACUUAGCCACUGUCACGCUUUCCACAGUAGGUUAUGGUGAUCUUCAUCCCGUGAACACCGGGGAAAUGGUGUUCGAUAUUUUCUACAUUCUGUUAGUGCUCGGUCUGACUGCUUACAUCAUCGGAAACAUGACUCACUUGAUUGUUCAAGCGACCCACAAAACUAGGCAAUUCAGAGAAGCGAUAAAUGCUGCCUCGAGUUUUGCGAAACGGAACCUUCUGCCACCUCAUCUGCAAGAUCAGAUGAUAGCCCACUUGAGCCUAAAGUACAGAACAGAUUCCGAAGGGCUGCAACAGCAAGAAACUCUCGAUGCACUUCCAAAGGCGAUUCGCUCGAGUAUAUCGCAUUUUCUGUUUUACUCGCUCGUUGAUAAGGUCUAUUUAUUUCAUGGGGUGUCGAACGAUCUACUGUUUCAGCUGGUAUCGGAGAUGAAACCGGAGUAUUUCCCUCUGAGAGAAGACAUAAUCUUACAAAACGAAGCGCCUACAGAUUUCUACAUUCUGGUUAAUGGGGCAGUGGAUCUUAUCUCGCAGAGAAACGGAACCGAAAGGGUCGUGGGAGAGUUGGUCACGGGCGAUGUUUGCGGUGAAGUAGGUGUUGUUUGCUAUAGGCCGCAAGUUUUUACCGUUCGUACAAAACGGCUGAGUCAGCUACUUCGAUUGAAUCGUACUUCCUUCUUCAAUAUUCUCCAGGCUAAUGUUGGAGAUGCCACAGUAAUCAUGAACAAUCUCCUUGAGCAUCUGAAAGAGCACAAGGACCCUGUAAUGCAUGAUAUUUUGACCUACACAGAACAAAUGUUGGCCCAUGGAAGAAUGGAUAUGCCUCUUAGCUUAUGCUUUGCAGCAGGCAGAGGCUAUAAUCUGCUGCUUCACCAUUUGUUACGACGGGGCUCCGAUCCAAACGAGCUGGACACUAACGGAAGAAGUGCUUUGCAUCUUGCAGCAGCAAAGGGAUUUCUCGACUGUAUCCUUCUACUACUCGAAUUCGGAUCAAACCCCAACAAAAAAGAUUCCGAAGGAAAUGUUCCUCUGUGGGAUGCAAUAUUGGGAAACCACGAGCCCGUUAUACGAGUACUCACGGAUAAUGGGGCCACACUCUCCUCCGGCGACGUGGGCCACUUCGCAUGCUUCGCAUCCGAGCAAAACGACAUCGAACUACUCAAGAAAAUCACGAAACACGGCGCUGAUGUCACACAGCUAAGCGGAGCGGGGACCACAGCACUCCACACAGCUGUCUCCGAAGAAAACAUCGAGAUCGUAAAGUACCUGAUCGAACAAGGGGCCGAUAUAGAUAAUGCCGACUCGCACGGGUGGACCCCACGCGCCUUGGCCGACCACCAGGGCAACGAAGAGAUCAAGGAGUUUUUCAACACCAUAGCGAAAUCGGAGGGCCGUGAUCAGAGCACACAAAAUCAUCAUCAACGGACCAACAGCAAUCUGACGCCUGACAUGCAGGGGCAGCACGUUGCACCUUACCUCAGGAAAUAUUCCACCGAACCCUCGAUCAAUAAUCUCGAUAACGUGUUGAGUUCUAGAGAGAGAAGGGAAAACCGGUCAAAGGGAAAACCGGGCGUUUUCGAGAAUUCGCUAGUCGGGAUUGUUAAAGCUGGACAGAUACAAAAUGAAGGAGGAAGGCCUUCGGUGAAUCUUGGCGCGGUGCAGAAUUGUGCUAGAGUGACAGUGAGUUGUCCAGAGAAGGGUGACACAGCAGGGAAGCUUGUGAUUUUGCCUGGAUCAAUGCAGGAGGUAUUGGAUUUGGGGUAUCAGAAAUUUGGUUUACAUACUACCAAGAUUAAGACAAAGGAUGGAUUUGUGAUUGAUGAUUGGUCUGUGAUAAGGGAUGGUGACCACCUUGUUCUCUUUAGUGGAGCUGCUUCUGAAAGCUCAACCAGUACCUCACUGGAGAAUUAAGAGACUUUUCAUUUUAUUGUUUUUAGUUUUAUUACAAAAGAAAUUUCUUUAGUAUGAGAAUCUUGAGCUAUUAGUUAAGUCAUUCUUUAUUAAUUUAUUUUUAUUUUAGUUUUUGUAUAGAAUACUAGAUUGUAAUUUGUAAUGACCAAUUUUGUGUUUCAAUGAAACUGCUUGGUAAUAAUGUUUUAUUCGUUUCGAGAAAUUUAACCGGAAAAUUAUAUAUUAUGAGACCAAACAAAAAAACCGAACUCUUGAAUGUUUUGGAGCCGAUCAGAAGCGGAGUGAGGAUCAAAACAUAGGUAGGGCGAGUUAAAUUUUCGGGAUUCGAGACGGUGCCCCAAUUUUUUUUUUCUUUUAGGUACUCAAGAGAUUGCAAAAAUAGUUUUAUUUGCUAACUUUUAAUUAAAAUAAUAGAUACGAUAAUCUUAUCAUAUUGAAAACAUGCCAAAAGGAACUAUAAUUCAUCUAAAUGAUUCUAAUAAUGUUUUGGAAAACAUGCCCUAAAUUAUUAUUUAGAGAUAUCGAUUACAAAAAAUAAAAGUAAAUAUUCA